AAUCAUCAAAACAGGCGCAGUCUAUAUAUAGAGAGAGGCAGCCUUUUAAAUCUUAAUGAACAGAAUUUUUGGCCACCAUUUUGUCUGAUUAACUUGAAAGAUGUUGUCUAUACGGGUCUUUGGAAUAUUUAUCUGUGUAAUAGUUUCAUGUCAACUUUUACAUUCUGUGAAAGCAGAAAAUGAGCGUAAUUGGAAUUCAUUUCAUUCCAUACUAGUUAACAAAGAAAGGAGUUUGGAGAGGAAAACUCGUGAGCUAAGUUUAGAAGAUGUGACAAAAUUUAAAAGUUUAUUAAAUCGAUUGUUAAGGGAGAGGAAGCCGAAGCCACACAGUGUAGAGGAAGAGAAGGUUUGGAUUCCAAACGGUUAUAAAUCAGGUGAAAAAUUAAAGUACGAGGACCGAGUGAGAAUGGUGGACCAUCAUGGAGGAAAAACAUUCAGGGAGGCGGACACUGAAAAUCCGAGAACCAGUCAAACAGCGGAGGCCCUGUUGGAGGAAGACACGCACGAUGUCCACCGUAAACCGAUACAGACCGCAGACAACGGCAGGCGAAGCUUUCUGAAGGGGGAAAGCCUCUUAUGGACCAACGGCAUUAUUCCUUUCAAAAUCAAUAAAAACGUUGAUGAUGCUUGUCGAGAAGAAAUAUCUAGGGCCAUUGCUGUAUUCAAUGAUAAUACGUGUCUCAAGUGGGAACCUUACUCGGGCAGUGGCAAGGACCACGUGGAGUUUUUCACGGGUGGGAUAAGUUCAUCUUAUGUUGGAAACAUACAAGUGUCCAAAUAUGGACACCUGUACGAGCCAAAACUGACCAAUCAGCCAAUCAACAUAGACUCUCGUCACUGCACGCUGCACGUGGUUCUUCAUGAGAUGGGGCACACUGUGGGAAUGGCGCAUGAGCAGAGCCGCAGCGACAGGGACCAGUACGUCACGGUUCACUGGGAACACGUACUGGAGGGGGAAGACAACCAAAACCUGGCCAAAGAAGACACCGAGAACCACAACAUCCCCUACGACUAUUCUUCCCUCAUGCAUUAUUCGGUCUACGCUUUCUCUAAGGAUGGCGAAAAGACCCUGGAAUACACGAACACAGACUACGAAUUUCUCGGGUUAAGGGAAAACACGCUAUCAUUUUACGACAUAGAGGACAUAACCAAGGCUUAUAACUGUACCUGGAAGUGUGCCGGGAAAGAGUGUCAGAACGCGGGCUAUUUGGACCACACCUGUUCCUGCAGGUGCCCGAAGUACCUUGAAGGUCCCACGUGCGAUAAAGUCAAAACAGAAAACUGUGGUGGAAUUAUAACCCUACAAGAUCAAAACGACCAGCAAUCAAUUGUUUCCCCAAAUUAUCCCCAGUCGUAUUCAGCGGGGCAAAACUGUAUCUGGUUAGUAAAAGCCCCGAAAGGCCACGGCAUAGAACUCUCUAGCCCUGAUUUUGAUCUUCCAGAUAACAGUCUAAAACGAUGUAAUCAUUGGCUAGAAGUAAGGUUCAAUUUGAUUGGUCAACCAGGUCCUCUGUAUUGUGGUGACUCGCUUCCGGUGAUUGAAACGUCAUCGGGAGGAGAGUCUCACUUGCUUCUUUUGAGGUUUGACUCAACCAACCAGUUUGUUGAUUCUGGGAAAGGCUUCCACUUGAACGUACGAAUCAAAGCUCAGUUUAACCAUUCCAAUGGUCUGGUCACCGAUACAUCCGACGAUUCCGUUUUCGUGGAUGACGUAAUCAAUCACUGCGAGGUGGACCCAGACUGGUGUUAUAAUGAGGGAACCUGUGUGUUCCGCAAUGGAGAGGUCAGCUGUUUGUGCUCAGAUGGAUAUUCCGGAGAUUUUUGCGAACAUUCUGAUAAUUCAAAAGAAGCGACAGAUAAAUCCACGCAGUACCUUGCUGUACUAGGGACAUAUUCCUGUCACCCGUCGACAGCAUGCUCCAUCAUUAACCUAUACUCAGGUUUCACCUGGAGGAUGGAAGAACAAGGCCUUGUGGUUUCCCCUCAGACAGGCCCAAAGGGAUCCCAAGCCGGCUUCUCUAUUCCCUUCAAAGUCACGGAGAAUCGCGACAUGUGCUUGGAGAUCCACUUCAGACGUUUGAGAGCUGGCACGCCGUGCGGUGUUUUGGAGGUCACUAAGCACGUGGAGGGAGCGGACUUUGGGUAUGGCGGCUACCAGUAUGACCUGUCCCUGUACCGCGGGGGGUGCGGCGAGGGCGGGAAAACCGUGUCCAGCCCCAUCUCGUCGUUUGUCGGUGAGACUACUUCCGUUUCCCUCAAAGUUUCUCUUGAAGAAGACGGCGAAUUCAAUAUUGCCAUUGAAAACAUUUCUAUUAUUGAUGGAUAUUGCUAAUUGGAUAAACAUUAAUUCGAUUUGUUGAGGUGAAGUUCUGGUAGUACUUAAUGACGUAUGUUGUUGUAAGCAGUGUAACGGAAACUCAUGAUUAUAGCUGGUCCGUCCCCAUUAUGUUUUCUUCCCUUGUGUCCUAUGAUAUGGGAAAUCUGAACUCACGAAUUUUGCCUACAUCACCUCAAACCUACCAUUUUAACCUCCAUAGAGUGGAGUGUGAAAUGGAAUAGUCAUUGUUAUAAUUUGCUUUUCCAAAAAGGUUCUUUUAAAGAUAUACAAAUGUUUUUGCUGCUAUUUAUACAGGAGUCCUUUUAUGUUUCUUAUAUAUACUGAAAAGUACUCUUACUUGUAACAAAUUCAAAAAUAAAUUAUGAUGUAAUAUAAUGCAAGAAUCGGGUCUUUCCAAUAAAAUAAACCAAAAGUUACAUACUGGGCUGAAUUGCUCAAAGGUCAAAAUGAACACCUAUCAAAUAUAGGUAUCGAAAUUAUCAAAAUACGCUCUGCCUUGAUUUUUAUCCGCCUGGAGUAAAUAAUGAUUUGUAUAUUUUUCUUAAGAUAAUGGAUUGAAAUUAACUUUUUACAAAAUAUUAAGCCCUUAUUUUGUGCAUUUGAGAAAACAUUUGAAUUGAUUAAUUUCACGGAUAUUUUGUACUUGGUACACAAUAAAGUGAUGGUUUUACCAGAUCAUUAAUGUCACAACAAUCGGCUGUACUUAAAUGAAAAUUUCAAAUGUCUGUCGAUUUUUAAUUCAUGCAGCUUGUGUUGACUUAAAUCUGAAAUUCUUACAAAGCCGCCUUAUAUGUUGAGGAGAACAAAUGUCGGGUUUUACUGUUUACUUUACUAUCCGUCCUAUGAGCACUCUACACCCUUAUUGGCUUGGGAUCUUAACACUAUUUUUUUUAUCAAACAAUAACAUUCAAAAUAUGUGCAUAUAUUUUGUAUGUAAGGUAAAGGUGAAGGCAAUGAGGACAUAACACGGGAGCAUCGCGCGUUUUAUUUGUUGUUAAUUAUUUGUGACAUAAUUUUGAUUUCUCAGAAAUAUUAGUUUUAUCGUUAUUUUGAUUACGAACGUUUUGCAAUGUCAGAGAAUUUUACAACGCUAGAGGAGACUUGCAUUUCAUAUAGGGUUUAUGCUUGGAAAGCUGUUUUUUUAACAUAUGUUAGGUUUUUGUAAUCUAUUGAUUGAAUUAUCAAAACUGUUAAAGGGACGUUGCCUCCAAUAAACAUAUCACUAAACUUUUUGUAAACCCCCCCCCCCCCCCCAACAGCAAUCA